AUGGGGGUGGGGGGCCUUGGCUGGAAUAAAACAAGAAAGCAAGUGGGUCCGUGUCCUCCUGGUGUGCCUCCUCGGCCUGCGCAGAGACACCCCUGCCAAGGGGUCUCCUGCGAGAUACCGUGGUUUGGGAGGUCCCGGUCUGGUGGGAUUGGGAAGCACCUUGCGCCUCUGGUUGUGGGAGUCGGGCGCCCGGCUACUGCAAGGACGCCAGGUCUAACAGGAAUCCAGCGACAGUUGCCGUGGAGACAGCGGCCGCGGCCCUGCGCCUGCGCAAGAGCGGCGCGGACUAAUGACGCACUGCGCGGGCUCGUGCAAGCUGGCUGGGCCGUUGGAGUCCUGAUGGAGCAGGAGGUGUUACUUCGAAAGGUGUCGCUGUUACAGGCCUGCGUCCGGGGCUUCUUGGUGCGACGUCAAUUCCAGAGGUUGCGAGCCGAGUAUGAGACGAUUGUAGGAGAGAUUGAGGGAGACCUGGGCCCGCUUCAGUGGACUGAGGGCCGCAUGCCAAGGCCCAAAUUUCUCCCUCAGAAGGCGAAACCCCACGGGAACAGUGGAGCAGGAGGGAGGGCUGCAAGUGCAAAGCCAGCGCCACGGAGAGCUGAGAUAAAGGCCAACUGGGCAGAGGAGCAAGGGGAGGCAGGAGAGCGCUCGGUUACUCCUCCUGACAGAAAUGACAGCUCCUGGCCACAGGCUGAACCGAGCCAGAAACCCAAAGGAAGGCGGCCGAGAGACACCUUGAGGGAGGAGACCCCAGAAGCCACGGGCCCUGGGACACCCCAUGGGUCGCCUGAAUUCCAGGAGCUGCAGUGCCACCGUAGCCACCUGGCCAUGGAGCUGCUGUGGAUUCAGCAAGCCAUCAAUAGCCGGAAGGAGUACUUAAUACUCAGACAAACCUUGAGCGCCCCUGAGGCGGACCGGACCGGAGAGCAGACCAGGACAUGUUCCAACCCCGGGGGCCAGGCCUGUGGGCUGAUGCCGUCCCAGCCACCAGAGGAGCAGUCCUGCCGAGUCAGGAUCCCUAGAGAACCAAGCCACAUGGAUGACACCUGCCAGCGUGGGGGCAGGUCUCGGGGCCGCAGAUCCUCAGAGCGUCCAGUGACUACUGACCAGAACAGCAUUGAGGCUGAGAGCACAGCGCUGUGCUGCAUGAGUGCUGGCCCACACAGCCUAGCAAGAGGGCACAGGCUCACCAAGGACCCGAGCCAAGGAGGACAGGCACUGGAGGGGGGCUGUCUGCAGGAGGGGCAAAUCCUGGAGGAACAGACCACAGGAGUCCUCAAGCCUAGAGCAACCUGUUCCAGGAAGGCCAGGAUCCAGCUGCGUGAACUCUUUGAGGACCCUGACAUGAAGGACAAGUGCCUCCAGUGGCUGGACCCCCAAGACUCUGACUGCCAAACAGGCAGGUCCCAGGCAUUGGGCCUCUCGGAGGACCCCAUCCUCUGGGAAAGGACCCCAGCAGGGCCAGAACAUGAAAGCAUGGAUGUCAGAAGGGCUAAGCCAGCCAAGAGCCAGACCCCCAGGAAUGGAGCUUCCACAGAUCCUGAUGGCCAAGGGUGCAGCAGCCAGAGGACUGGCCUCUGGUGCUCACGGCUGCCCGAGACCCUUUCACCUGCAGGGUCCAGCCACACCGGAGAGAACCAAUGGAGGGACGGGCAGUGGAAGACAGGACCUGCGGGUUAAAUCCUGGGGAUCCAGGGGGCCCCAGGUCCCAG